AUGAAUCUGUCGCAGACAUUGAGCGCCCUGUUCGUGGGCCUCGCCGGGGCACACGCAGCCAGCAAUACUGCAGCACCUCUCGUUUCAUCCCCUGGCGACAUCUCCAUCAUCCCAGGAUGGAGUCUCCAGUCCAGCACCCGCGCCCCGGACGAUAUGCCUGGCUUGUCCCAGCCCGGUGUGGAUGUGUCUUCCUGGCAUCGUGUCGGCCCUCGUGGAACCGUCAUGGCCGGCCUGCUCCAAGCUGGAGUGUUCAACGAUACGGAGUUAUUCUAUUCGGACAACUUGAACCAACUGACCUCGGAGACUACUUUCCGUUCUCCAUGGCUGUACCGGGAGGAUUUUACACUCAACCCGAGCGACAACCAGUACUUUGUGCUACAUACUCACGGAAUCACCUCCAAGGCCGACAUCUACGUGAAUGGUGAGCGGAUUGUGACCAGUGAUGAGCAGAAGGGCUCCUAUGGUGGUCAUAAGUACAACUUGACGGACUAUGUCAAGGAUGGAACGAACUCUCUGCUUAUCAGAGCGUUUCCGACGAACUACCUUCGAGAUUUCGCUCUGGGCUUCGUCGACUGGAACCCCUAUCCUUCGGAUAACGGCACGGGCGUAUGGCGAAAUGUGGAGAUUUCACAGACGGGUCCUGUCUCGAUGUCUCCUUUCCGUGUCAUCACCGAUCUCACCAAGCCCAACCAGAAUCAGAAAGUGAACAUCACGCUGAAGACUGACCUGGUCAACCAUGCCCAAAAGACCGUCCAAGUGUCAGUGAAUGGUACCAUCACCCCACCGCCUGGGUCCAAAGUAGGCCCCAUCCUACGAUCUUUCGAACUCAAGCCCGGCGAGAGCAGAACGGUAUCGAUUAAAGUCGGGGUCGAGAAAGCCUCCGUUUGGUGGCCUGCCCGUUGGGGCGCGCAGCCCCUCUACACGGUCCAAGCCAACUUGCUCCUCCAUGAUACAUCCAUGACAGUGUCGGACCAGACUCGUGCUCAACAAUUUGGUAUUCGACAAGUGUCCUCGUAUGUGAACGAGCACAAUGAUACGGCGUUUGUCGUGAAUGGCCAGCAAUUCCAGGUUAUGGGAGCCGGCUACGGACCGGACAUGUUCAUGCGUUUUGAUGAGAGACGUGUAGAGAGAAUCUUCCGGUACAUGCUCGACAUGGGACUCAACACAGUUCGUCUCGAGGGUAAGCAGGAGCAGCCGGAGCUGUACGAGGUGGCCGACCGAAUGGGUAUGAUGGUACUGGCUGGUUGGGAGUGCUGUGAUAAGUGGGAAGGUUGGGAUUACAACGACGACGCCCAGGGAGUCAAAUGGGGAGAAUCAGAUUACCCCAUCGCCCAAGCCGCAAUGCUGCACGAAGCAGAGAUGAUGCAAGCACACCCUUCCAUGCUAGGCUUCCUCGUAGGCUCCGACUACUGGCCCAACGAUCGUGCCACAGAAGUCUAUCUCGAUGCCUUGAAAGAUAUGGACUGGAAGAAUCCCAUUAUCGCAUCUGCCAGUAAACGCGGCUAUCCAAAAGCUCUGGGACCAUCGGGAAUGAAGAUGGACGGACCAUAUGACUGGGUCCCUCCCAACUACUGGUAUGGCGAUCAGGAAGGGGCUGCAUUCGGGUUCGGAUCCGAGCUUGGCGCGGGAGUUGGUACGCCCGAGGUGGGCAGUCUGAAGAAGUUCAUGUCUGAUGGUGAUCUGGAAACUCUGUGGAAAGAGCCAGAUGCUAAGCUCUUCCACAUGUCCCGAUAUGACUCCCAGUUCUUUGAUCGCUCAAUCUACAAUAAAGCUCUUUUCGAGCGAUAUGGUACAGCCCAGGAUCUUGAGGACUAUGUGCUGAAAUGUCAGAUGGCCGAUUACGAAGCGACUCGGGCCCAGUAUGAGGCAUACUCUGCCAAACAAAAUGCAUCUCGUCCAGCAACUGGAUCUAUCUAUUGGAUGUUGAACAGUGCCUGGCCAAACCUGCACUGGCAACUAUUCGAUUACUAUCUCAGUCCCAUGGGGGCAUACUUUGGCACGAAAGUCGGCAAUCGCCUCGAGCAUGCUGCAUACGAUUACGAGAAAAAAAGUGUCUGGUUGAUCAACCAUUCACUGGACCUAAAAGGUGACCGAGAAAUCUCCAUCGAUCUGAUCGACAGCAACGGCAAGAAAAUCUCUGGAACCAAGGUCAAGACUACCACCGUGCCAAACUCGUCCAAGGUUGUUCAAGAGGUGAGCGGAAUCGACAAGAUCACGGACAUCGCGUUCCUACGCCUCGUGUUGCGCGACACCAAAGCAAAGCGCGACGUCAGUCGUAACGUGUACUGGCUCUCUCCGAAAGCGGACGUCCUCGACUGGGAUGAAUCUACCUGGUACACUACCCCGGUGACCGAUUAUGCAGACUACAAAAAGCUGCAGAAUCUUCCCUCCGCGGAUGUGAAGGCCAUAGUUCAAACCGUGAAAGCCAAGACCAAGGACGGCUGGACAUACGCCGACGUCCAGUUGGAGAAUAAGUCCAAAGUUCCCGCCGUGUUCCUGCGUUUGAAUGCGAUCAAUCCUGAUGGUGCAGAGGUUACGCCCGUCUUUUGGUCAGAUAAUUACCUGACCCUUUGGCCUAAUGAGAAACUUCGUGUAUCAGUUGGCUUCGAGGGGGAUAUUAAGCAGACGGUUAUUGAGGUUUCCGGUAGGAAUGUGAAGAAGCAGAGUUUGAAAAGCCCUAAGUAG